AGCUUUCCUAUCAGGAAUGUUUAUUUUUAGACUCGUUUCCAUGGAUGUUGAAGCGGCACUCCAGUCUCCAUGCUCAUUUCAUUUUGCAAAAUUUACAUAUAACUUAGUACUAGAGGUGUAACUAACUGUUAUUAGUUAUAAAAAAUAAAGACUAUUAAUAUGAAUCAUUUUUUAAUCUAGAAGUAAAUUCUGUCUUAAAUUUAUUUUAGUGAACUGAAGAGUUUUCCUUAAAUACUUAAAGUAAAUUUUAAAAGUGUUUUUGAAUCUUUGUUCUAUUACUAGUAUAGUUUCCGUGUCAUAAAAAGGACUCAAUAUGGAAAUAUAUCCCCGAAAUAAUUAGACAACACAGGAUCAAACAUAAAAUGGCUGAUUUUGAAGGCAACGCUUCACCACCUUCAGAUAGUUAUGAUUUUGAUGCUAGUAGAGUUGAAAAACGAACAAUAUAUCUUACAGCUCUUGGUACACCCUGCCAGUAUCUAAACAUACUUGCUGAAAUUGAUAAGUAUGCCUUUGUGACUCCAUCUGAUUCCGAAGAAACAGAACUGAGUUCUGAUGAAAGUAUUUCUUCUAAAGCUUCUUCACAGCAAAGCGUUAUAAUUCUUCCCAUAUCCACUAGUGUUAAAAAAAUCAAAGAAGAGAAAUUGUCUGACACUGAAGACUCUUCAAAAUCAAAGAGUAAUAAAUUAAAGAUUACCAAACAAAGCCCUCCAAAAUCAAAGAAGUGGCCUGUAGUAGAUUACUCUGACUCUGAUUCAGGCGAGGAUAAGGAAGAUUUACGUCACAAAAAACCUGAUGAUUAUCGAUCUAAAGGCCAGGGUAAGAAAAAUGUUACUGAUUCUCCGGAAGAUCGAUCUAAAUCUAGUCGUAAGAAGUAUUCAAAAAGUCCCGAUGAAGAUCGAUUCAGACGUCAUCGUAAGAAGUAUUCAGCCAGUCCGGAUGAAGGUCGAUACAAACAUCGUCGAAAGAAGUAUUCAGAUAGUUCUGAUGAAGGUCGAUCCAAACAUCGUCGUAAGAAACAUUCAGAUAGUUCUGAUGAAGGUCGAUCACCAAAUUAUCGCAAAAAGUUUUUACCUGUGAAAAAGGAAGAAGAAUAUAAGUAUAACCCUGGAAUUACAACAGCAUUUGGUCAGUUUCAUUGCAAAGUUUGCGACAUCAUUGUCAACAGCGAAACAACUUACCAAACUCAUCUGCAAGGAAAAAGACAUCAAAAGAAUCUGAAAGCUAAGACUGUACCGGAAGUGGUAAGGAAAUCUAUGAAUGAGCCAAGGAUACCACCUCAAAUUCCACAUCGACCUCUACCUCCUCCUAUUAAUCCCCCUAAAAAACCAAAGCAUGUAACUUUAAAGGAGGACUCCCUAAUACAGCAGAUUGCUGAAGAUUACAAAGAUGGUCCACUUCCAGGUUUAGAUGAUGUUGUUGAAGUUCGGCCACCUAUUGAGGGAGUGAGAGAUAUUUCAUAUCUUUGUAAGAUAUGUGAAGCGCAGUGUGUCCCAAACUCAAUAAUGAAACACUUAACAGGAUUUAAACAUUACUUACGAUGCCUGGAAAAAAUUGAUUCUUCAAGUUAUGAGAGGUACCGUUACAUCCCAAAAAGACAAAUUGAGUGGAAAGUGAAAAGAAUACUUGAUGAUCACGAAAAGAAAAAGGGGCGCGGUAGGAUACGCGUGGAAAAAGAAGUAGCCGAGGAAUAUCCUCGAAGGGAUGAGCCAGGACCCAGUUGGAGGGAUCAAACACCUGUAUAUCUACCUUCUUUUUCUGUUCCGUAUGAUGAUGAUGAUGAAGUUCAGUUAGUUUCAGCUGUAGAACAUUUGGAUACUUCUAUGAGUGAUUUUUUUUGUAGGGCUUGUGAUGCUCACAUGAAUAGCCAAGCUAUGUGGGAAGCCCAUGUUAGGGGGAAAAGACAUUUGAAGAACAUUAAGAAAGUGCCCGGAGAAAGCACAUCAAAAAUUAAAGCUGUUCAAUGCACUAAUGAGACUGCCCAUCUUAUGGAUAUCAUUAGGGAUAGUGAUGCAAAAGAUGAAUAUGGAAAUGACAUUGUCAUUGUUGGAUUAGGAUAUAUUAAAGAAACACAUGGGGAAGGUGGAGAUCUUUACAAUUGUUACCUAUGUGGAGCUUGCACUUCAUCUUUUGAUAUCAUUGAUCAUCUUAAUCAAACAAAGCACAAAAUAAAGUACCUGGAGGAGAUGGAUUCAAAAGGAUAUCCCAAUGGCAUUGAGCAAAUUAAGUCCUUUACAGGAUUUUCUGCUUAUUCAAAGGAAUGUAUGAUCAAUGAUGAAUGUCUCAAGAGCAAAAGCAAAUACGGUGAUGGCAAAGUCUCUGUUUACAAGUCAAAAAACAUGUUUCCACCUUCCUAUGGCUCUCAUCUUUAAGGCAGUGUAUGAAAGAUGCCAGUGAUCAUUUAGAUUUUUGCAUUUCAAGUUGUUAUAUGUUAUAUAACAGUUAAAAAAUUUGUGAAUGAUGUAUGUAUAUAUUUUGUGUUUAUAUGUAGAAGCUAUGACUGUACAAUGCAUUGUGUUUUAUUAUCAUCUUUCAUUAUGAUCAUAUAGAUUUUUGCAUUUUAAGUUUUUUCUUCAUGUUACAUGAUAGCACCUUUUUAAAAACAAUUAGUGAAUGAUGUAUAUAUUUUGUGUAUAUAUGUAGAAACUACAACACCUCAUAGAGGAUGCCAUUGUGAUUUAUUAUCUUUCAUUAUGAUCAUUUAGAUUUUUACAUUUCAAAAUGUUUUUCUGUUAUAUAAUAACAGCUAUUUAAAAAAAACUUACGAUGCUAUGUAUAUAUUUUGUAAAAUUAAAGUAGGAUACAUAUUUGGUUAUUAUGAACUUUUUAUGAAGAUAUUAGGAAGGUUAUUCUUUGAUUUGUAAUUCUUGGGUUUAAUCUGUGAUUUGUUUGAUAAAUCACAAUAUUUUGAGAAAGUCUGAACUUUUUCAAUUUAGUUGAUUUCUUUCAAAAAAUCAGUUUCUCUCAUUUUUUAUUUUAUUUGUAGUUUAUAAAGUUCUUUAAUCACAUGUAUAUUAAGUAUACUAGUGGAUUAAUUUAUAAAAAAUUACAAUUUUCUUGACUUUUUACAGUAGUUAUUAAAAAUUUAAAGUUUAUUUUUCAAUAGCUAA